GGGCACUGACAAGUUUUCAAGAGCUGCUCAAGGGCUUCACCGAGAGGAUCGACCAACUGUCCGAACUCUUCACCUUGAGUCGAUCACGAUCCAACGGCACGUUCGCAAGGGUGAUUCAGGUGUCGCUGUGCGGUCGCAACAUGUCUUCUCUCCUGGACACUGAGCACGGCCCGGCACAGCGCUUUGAGGAGUUCCGGGAACAGGUCAACAGAAACCUGCAAGAACAGAAUGACGAGGCUGUGGUCUCAGAAUACGUCUAUGACAACACUACCAGCCCCCGCUGCAAUGCCGUAUUCCGGAGCUUCGAACACAACAGGCUGAUGCGGUUUCUGUGGGGUCAGGUGAAACCUUACGUUCGAGGCAAGAUUCUGUUUGCCCCCAACAAUGCAGCAACCCGGAGAAUCGUUAGCAAGGUAAACGAAACUUUCGAGCCACUGAACAGACUAAAGAAGUUGGCCCAGCGCUGGACCACGGACAUCGCACCCAAGCUGGUGCAUUGGCUGAGCAACAACUCUGCAAGGCUGGAACAAGUCAAGAAACUGUCCACAUCUGAAGGCCUGGAGGCAUUCUUCAUUGCUGGUGAAAAGACGGGAACCAAGGCAGCUGCGGAGGAAGCUCCCGAGGCUGCUCGAGCUCAGAGUGUGCUUGAGUGGCUGCUUUCCGACUGGGAUGGCCGCAUUGAGAGAAUUAACAAGGUGGCGCAAGAAACGUACCACGUUUUUGAGUGCUUCGAGAUGGACCGGUUUGAGGGCUACCCCUCUGAGGAGGCACUGAUGCCACGCGGUCUGCAACUGAUGCGAGAAAACAAGCUGUGGGCAGCGCUGGUGUUCAGUGGAAUGAAGAGCUCCCAGGACACCGAGGUGCUGCCGCCGUUCAUCCGCUACAAGAUCCGCAUGGACGCCCGCAAAGUGGACUCAACGAAAAAGAUCGAGGACAGAAUUUUUCGGCCGGGCCCACGCCGCCGCCCUACCAUUGACCUCAAGUACCUCACUUUUGGCUUUGCCUACCUGCAAGACCUCGUAGAGCACUCCAUCAUUGCACUUCAGACGGGAUGGGAGAAGACAACGGGGGUCUACCUGCAGCAGUUUCCAUACCCUUGCUACAUCUUUGAUCAGUUCAUAGUGACGAUAGCUGAAUCCUUCCCCAUGUUCAUGGUGCUCUCAUGGGUGUACUCGUUCGCGAUGCUCAUCAAGAGCAUUGUCCGAGAAAAGGAGCUGCGCCUCAAGGAGGUCAUGCGCGUCAUGGGCCUGGGAAGCGGAGUCCUCUGGCUCUCCUGGUUCAUCGACGCAUUUGGCUUCAUGCUCAUUUCUUCGCUUCUCCUUACCUGCAUUCUCAAGUUUGGUCAGGUACUGGACCAUUCAGACCCGGUGGUGAUCUUUGUGUUCCUGGCCUGCUUUGGGGCGUCCAUCGUGUGCAAGGCUUUCCUCGUGGCUGCCCUCUUCUCGCGAGCCAACAUUGCAGCUGCAGCGGGCGGAAUCCUCUUCUUCACCUGCUACCUGCCCUAUCCGUUUGUCAAGCUCUGGAAGGACCGCCUCAGCUUUCACCACAAGAGCGCUGUUAGCUUGGUGCCCAACGUGGCCUUCGGGCUGGGCUGCAGCUAUUUUGCCCACUUCGAGGAGGAGGGUGUCGGCGUGCACUGGCACAACCUGCUCCGGGGAGGCCUUCCCCCAGACACCUUCUCGAUCGCCCACGUCAUGGGCCUGUUGCUACUCGACGCCGUGCUCUACUUUGCGCUCGCGUGGUACAUUGAGGCUGUCUUUCCUGGGCAGUACGGAGUACCAAAGCCAUGGUACUUCUUUGUCACCAAGUCCUACUGGUGCGGUGCUUCACAUUCGGAUAGUCCAAGGAAGACAGCAUGGGAAUCCUGCAAUGGAACAGCUAGCUUGAAUGGAAGAACCGAAGACAUGGAGGAAGAGCCACGCAAUCUGCCACUUGGAGUGCUCAUUCGCAAGUUGACCAAGGUUUAUGCCGGUGCAGACCGGGCAGCCGUCAACGAGCUGAGCCUCAACUUCUACGAGGGGCAGAUAACUUCGUUCCUCGGCCACAACGGCGCUGGCAAGACGACCACCAUCUCCAUCCUCACAGGUCUGUACCCCCCGACACAAGGCACAGCUGAAAUCUAUGGCAGGGACAUCAGACCUGAGAUGGACAUCAUUCGCCGAAGCCUUGGUACCUGUCCCCAGUACAACGUCCUCUUUGACAACUUGACAGUCGCAGAGCACCUCUGGUUCUAUGCUCGACUGAAAGGCCUCACUGCGGAUGUGGUUGUGUCCGAAGUCGAGUCGUUCGUGCGCGACUUAGCCCUUGUUCACAAGAGAGACGAAUACUCGUGCAAUCUCUCAGGUGGCAUGCAACGCAAGCUUUCUGUUGCCAUUGCAUUUGUUGGCGGUAGCCGCACAGUGAUUCUGGACGAGCCGACUGCUGGCGUGGACCCUUAUGCGCGGCGAGCAAUCUGGGACCUCAUGCUGAAGUACAAGCAAGGUCGCACAGUCAUCAUGACGACACAUCACAUGGACGAAGCCGACCUCCUGGGUGACCGGAUAGCAGUCAUCAACGAAGGCCGCCUACGUUGCUGUGGGUCAUCACUCUUUCUAAAGACGCGAUUUGGCAGUGGCUACUACCUCACUCUCGUUCGCCCGUCGCGUCGCAGCAAGUCACUCAAGAACAGGCCAUCUCCCACGGCACCGCCUUGCAGGGAUGUGGUACAGAGUCAGAUCGACGGAGCAAGCAGUGAUUCAUCCCAGAAUGCCACCCCAUCAUCUCUUGUGUCGCCAUUAUCUGGAAACGCCCAUGACGAAUCCACCGAAGCAUUGGACAAACUAAUAAGGAGGCACAUCCCCAAGGCAGAGCUCGCCACCGACAUGGGCGCCGACUUGUCCUACCGGCUUCCAGCGAGCCCGGAAACAUACUCUUCCUUCGUAUUCCUGUGUAAAGAUCUCGAUGCCAACCUGACUGAACUCGGCAUCACCAGUUACGGGAUUUCGGACACCACACUCGAGGAGGUUUUCCUACGGGUCACGCAAGGCGGUCCUAACACCAGAAGCCAAGCAAACGGUCAAGGUGAUAUCUACAACCCUGGCCCCGAAUCUGUGGAUGGACCACCGAAGACCAGACUCCAGAAGACCUUGGAUGCCUUGCGCAUAUGGUGCUUGUCCCUGAGAACAUCUGCAAAGACCGUCAGACCAGAUCCCGAAGAUGCAGCUGCAAGGCAGCACCUGGCUGCGGAGAUGCCUAAUAAUGCUAACACUGACAGCGACCUUCCCGCGCCGCCCAUUGUCAAGAAGGUAGCUGUUGGCCCACUGCUUCAUCGGCGUCAGUUGGCGGCCAUGUAUCGCCGCCGGUUCAUGCGAAACACACGAAACUACAAGGGACUCUUCUGUGAGAUAAUCCUGCCUGCUCUGUUUGUGUUGCUGGCCUUGCUGUUCACGCUGCUGAUUCCGCCAAUGUCCGAAGAACCGCCUCUUGAGCUGACGCCGUGGGUGUAUGGCCCACCAAACUACGUCUUCUACGGUUCUGAAAACACAUCCAGCCCAUUUUCAGGGAAGUACACGGACGCCCUCCUGUCUCCAACUGGCCUAGGUGCCCGCUGUGUGAAAGGGGAACCUCUGAGUGGCUUGGGCUGUGCUGAAAUGGCGAACGCAAGUGUCCCGGUGCCUGGUGCGCCUUAUGGCUACGAGUCCUCCGAGGGCGGUGGUACUUGCACUUGCGCAAGUGGAGCCCAGCAGUGUACGCACAAUGCAGGUGGCCCUACGCCGCCUGCUGUUCGCACUGCCACUACUGACAUUCUGCUCGACGUGACUGGCCGUGACGUCUCGGAUUGGAUAAUUAAGACCUGGAAUCCCUACCACAAGACAAGAUUUGGUGGCGUCCAGUUUGGCGUAAGGAAUCACCUGACUUCUCUCAACAUCACUGCUCUUGAGGAAGCCGUUUCCAAAAUGGACGCCCCUGGUGGUCUGAACCUCUCAGCAGCAGUCCUCACCUUGCGUCGUGGCGUUGACAGCUCCGCGGUACAGGAUAACGUGAAGGUGUGGUACAACAACAAGGGCUGGGUGUCCUCGGUGGCGUACAUGAACGCCAUCAACAACGUAUUGCUGCGGGCGCACCUCCCAUCCCAGGCUGAUGCCAGCUACUACGGCAUGUCGGUCAUCAACCAUCCAAUGAACUUUACUCAAGAUCAGCUUCAGGAUGAACUGCUGAAGCGAGGCGGUCUGAGCCUGCUGCAUGCGACAUGUGUCAUCUUCGCCAUGUCUUUCGUGCCGGCCAGCUUUGUCAUGUUCCUCAUUGAAGACCGCACCUCGGGUUCUCAGCACCUGCAGUUUGUGAGCGGCCUCAAACCGUUCCUCUACUGGAUUGGCAACUACACCUGGGACCUGUGCAACUACAUUGUGCCUGCUGUGUUGUGCAUCUUCAUCUUCAUGGCGUUCAAGGAAGAAGCAUACGUCUCGCACGACAACAUUGGUGGGCUAGUCCUUCUACUGUUGCUUUACGGGUGGUCCAGUAUUCCACUGAUGUACCCAUCAUCGUUCAUCUUCAGCGUGCCUAGCUCUGCAUUCGUCACACUUGCCUGCUGCAAUCUCUUUGUUGGGAUCGUUAGCACAGUCUCCACAUACGUGUUGGAGCUUUUUGAUGACAAGGAGUUGCAGUCGAUAGCCCGUAUCCUGCGCAAAGUGUUCUUGGUGCUGCCACAGUACUGUCUGGGUAGAGGGCUCAUGGACAUGUUCUCUAACCAUCUCACAGCUGAGGCUCUGGCACGAUUUGGCUUGAAGACCUUCAAGCAUCCAUUGGAAUGGGACUUCUUGGGUCUCAACCUCGUUAGCCUUGCUGUUCAAGGCCUCGUGUACUUUAUCUUCACGUUGCUCCUACAGUAUCGUUUCUUCGUGCGAAAGAGGCAGCAGACAGUGCCGUUUGACCCGAAAGAGCUCGCAGAUCAAGACGUUACGCAAGAGAGAGAACGCGUGCUUUCUGGCCAGGCAGACGAUUCCAUACUCAAAGUCGUCAACCUUACUAAGGUUUACCGAGCCGGCCAGCACCCGGCCGUGAACCACCUUUGUGUCGGUGUCAGGGCAGGCGAGUGCUUUGGAUUGCUCGGAGUGAACGGCGCUGGGAAGACCACCACAUUCAAAAUGCUCACCGGGAACACAGAAGUGACAGAAGGAAAUGCCUUCAUCUCGAGCUACAGUAUACGCACCCAAAUUGAUCUGGCGCGCCAGAACAUUGGCUACUGUCCGCAGUUCGACGCAUUGGAUCCUUUGCUCACGGGAUGGGAACACUUGGAAUUUUAUGCACGGCUUCGUGGAAUACCCGAGAAGUACGUCCAGAAGGUCGCAGACUGGGGCAUUCGCAAGCUAGGCUUGCACCGUUACGCCCACCGAUGUGCCGGCACCUACUCCGGGGGCAACAAGCGAAAGCUCAACACUGCCAUUGCCUUAGUCGGAGAUCCUCCUCUGGUGUUCCUGGAUGAGCCCACAACGGGCAUGGACCCCAAGGCCCGCCGUUUUCUGUGGGACUGCAUUCUGGACGUUGUUCGUGACGGCCGCUCGGUCAUUCUGACAUCGCACAGUAUGGAAGAGUGUGAAGCAUUGUGCAGUCGGCUGGCAAUUAUGGUGAAUGGGCAGUUUCGCUGCUUGGGGAGCAUUCAGCAUCUCAAAAACAAGUAUGGCUCGGGCUACACUGUGACCCUGAAAGUGGGUGGAACCUCGUCAGAGCUCUCCCACGUGGCUUCCUUGAUGGAAAACUCAUUCGGUGCCGCUGAUGCCCAGCUCCGGGAGCAACACCUGAACCAGAUGGAGUACCAGAUAUCACCAAGCGUGCCACUCGCGGUGCUGUUUCAACGGCUCGAAGCGGCCCGUGAGAGUUCGUCGCUUGACGAUUACUCCGUCACGCAGACAACGCUUGAUCAGGUGUUCAUAAACUUCGCCAAGCAGCAAGGUGAUGUCAAAGGCGAGCAGGGGGACGUGGAAAGUGACCUGCCGUCUCCGUUGCCAUCGUCACCAAAGGUCACUCACCCUCCCACGAGCCCCGCAGUUGACAAGCUCACACCCGUUGUCAGCAUACGGCCCGCUUCUGCUGGUCCACUGUCACGAGGCCAAGAACUCAUCGAGCUUCCAGAAUGGAUCCGGGAGACCGACAUCGUGUGAAGCCACGGUGCAGCACCGAAAGGUGUUUUCCAGCUGUGAUAUCCUCCCAUCAUCGAGUGCACGUGACAAGUGGUGCUUUCCCAAUCCCCCCAUUUUCGAGAACCGAGAGAAAACCGAGUGUACGUCAGUGCAAGUGUGAAAGCACAGGUGUCGUUCCAUCCAACCUCGCACAGCCCAGCAGGUGAUGCGUUUCUCUUAGUUUUGUUCUCCUCGGUUAUCCCGUCGUCGGAGCGACUUCUCCGCGUGAAGUUCUACGUCCUCCUGAUUGUGCCGGUUACCAAUGGGCCCUCGUGACUGGUGAAACUCUUAGUGGCACCAACUUUGUGACCAGUGAAACUGAUUGGUGGCGAAAACGUUGUGUGCUACCAGCCUUCGAUGUGUUACAGGAAGCGUUCCAUCAUUUUUGUUGCUAGCACUUGCAGUUGUUGUGGGUGCACAGGGCAAACACAAAUGACCUCCCCGAUCUCCUUGCUGCCUCGUAGCCGUGGAGUGAAAAUGCGGCGGCGCAGUGGGUGAAAUGAGUGUGUCGAAGACAUGCAGCGAUUGUUCAAUUCAUGGAACGAUACGAAACGAAUGAACAAAAAGGGAAUUUUUUUUCGAGGGGCUCGUUUCUUUGUUAGACACAACCAAAUGAAUCCAACAGACAAUUGGCCGAAGGAAAGCAUAGGGGAUGUUAGUUGUCUUUAACUGUGGUGCAGAAAUUAAGACGUAAACUGAAAUUAAUUAAAGUGGACAAGAAAAUGCCAUUUGCGUUGGUGGGAUUCGAACCCACAACCUUCUAAAUACAUGUCCGAUGCUCUACUGGUUAAGCUACGACAGAACGUGCUUCCCCGUCCACUCUGUUGGGUAUUUCUGUUCCUGUAAUCCCUGGGAGUGUUAGCCAGCGCCACUCGUAGCCGAGGCGGCAAGUGUGGAACUAAGUGGCACGCGUAUGGCUGCACACGAUUGUUUGCAAAAUAACAACAAAAGUGCUCAGCAUUUUUAAAAUAUUUUCUUGCAAAUAGCAGAUUGGGGAGAUCAUUUCUGCUAGCCCUGUCCCCUGUCCCGGUUGUCAUAGCCUGUCACAAGUUAUGUCUGACGAGCACACAAGGGGCCGUAUUCUGAGAUCAUCACUUUUUAGCAACAAUGUAGCUUUGCAUGACAUAGGGUCUCGCCUGUUCAAUGGCUGAGGUGACUACAUGCGUGCCUUUCCUCAACCAGUCAAUCGGCGCGCACUGAAAGCGACAUUUUGACGGCAUCUCCAAAAGUGAUUGCUUCAGAAUAUGGCCCCCGAUUCUACGGUAUGAUGCCUUAGAAUGAAUCAUCGUGUGUGCAAUCUUCAAUUCAUAAGUUGCGGUCACGACUUAACUUCGGAUGCCGGCUGGAUUUUCGUCGAUUUUAUAGUUUGCUGGUGGGUUUUAAAAAAUUUGCUAGCUCAGAUGCAGACUCGGAUACUGCACUGAGCACUCAAUACACCCAUGAGUGUAGUGACCAUUCUUACUAAACCAAAUGCCACCCGUUAUAGCAGGUUGGCAAGUCUGCAUGAAGCACUCUGGUUCUGCAAAGGUUGCAAGUACGAAUGUGUGUCUGUCGACAACGCAAGUUUUAGACCUGUGCGUGGUGAUAUGGGCUGUGAUCAUAAGGGCAUGACUCAGACUGAGUUUGACAUUGAGUGAAGGCUUUCCGGUGUUGUACAGGACGCUUAGACUACCGAAAGAGGUUUUUUUGAUUGUUGGUUUGUCGCACUGAUGGUUGUGUUGCGAUCUGCUGUUUGAGCAAGAACCUGUCUUGCUUGCAUUUUUCUUGCUUGUUUUGACAUUGCAGUGAGCUUAGUAUUACAACUGCGAAUGCAGCGUGAUGUCUUGAUUUUAUCUGUAGGGUCGAACAUGAGUGCAGGAAACCUUUGAAUUUUGUGCAAUAAUCGACUCUGCUUAAAGUGUUCCCAUAACCAGCAUUACUGGCAUUGAAAGAACAUUAGUUUUAUUUGUCUUUGAGUACGUUAUGUCAUACUACUUUCGUUAUUAACUGGUUGUCGCGAGUGGUUUUCCUAGCAUACUUUUGUAACACAGAACGGAUGGACCGUCAGGGCUGUUAAUAAUGAAGUGUGAGACCACUUUGACUACAGCAACCCAGUGCAUAUUUAUUUUGUUUCAAAAGCACCUCUUAUUGGCCGAGUCGGAAUUGUGUACUGGUAGAGCCACGCUUUGAGUAUACCGACAACGCAAGACAUGUAAACAAGAAAUGGGAGAUGUGUACCGUUUGUCAGUUUGAGGUUCUGACUUUGUCUGCAUCUCCAAAAUGCAACUUUAUGGGUAAACCUCAUUUUAAAGUGUAAACAUGUUGCCGGUCAAUUUUCCUGCAAAUGACAGGCUUGCAAAUGUUUUUUUUUUUAAUUCAUAACGCUCUUUUGAUGAGAGCUCUCCUCUGCAGGAUGGUGGUGAAUUAUGCCUACUGUUCCUGAUUUGGAUAAAAUGUACAUGACAAAUGCCACUUUAUAUUGUAACAUACUGUAACGCUCAUUUUAGUGCUAAAAAGCACAAGUGCUUUGCCAUGCAUUAGUGCAUUGUAGCUCACACACACGAUAGUAUACAGCUUCGCAUACUGCACUAAAUUUAUUUACCACCACAGCCAUUUCGAGUUGUAGGAUGUUACUUUCGAAUAAUGUUAAAUUUCUCUCCGAUGUGUCAUCUAUUUCGGCUUGAAGAUCUGAAAAUGUUGCUCUUGUCAUUGACUUCGAUGACAUGUGCAUUCUUAAAACAUGUAAUGUGCUUUUCAGUAAACUGACAUGAGGAUCAGUAACCAAAGUGGGUAUUUGAGGAUCUGCAUCGAAAAGUGAUGCAGGGGUAACUACAACAUGACAUGUAGAUAUGGCGUAGGUGUACGACCGUCUACAUGCUCCUUUAUUGUUAUAGUGACUUCACAAUUUAUUGCGUCUUGUAAUCUUUUCUUUUGUUGUUGUUGAUUUGUUACGACUUUUGAUUCCAUUAUGCAAGGUUCCUGAACAGUCGUUCUGUAGAACGCUGAUCUUACAUUAGUAGCUAGCAUUCCUUUUGUUUGUGACGUGGUUGUGAAACCUAGUGUUUCUGUAAUGCGUGUAUUUUUAUUUUUUAGCGUUGUUCUGUAGUGGGGAUGAUAUUCUGGGCACCACCAAAAAACAUUGGAUUUAGUUACCAAAGACAUUUUUUUGGCACUUUGUGUGGCCACAAUUAUGCUCACAUAAACUUCGGUCGUGCAAGUAUACUGUUGCGCCAGGCGUCGUACCAACUUUCCUGGUAUGUCAUAGGCAUGUGCAAGUUAGAAGUUGCACUAUGGACUCCGCCCACAUUAACACUACUGCCAGCUUUGUUGUGCAAAGAAUUCAUGUAUCACAAUCUUUUUGUUUUAACCUUGCGAUUAAUGUACUAUAAAUGUGAUUUCUUUUUUUCUCUUACAAAUCUUAUCUCUUAACGCAAGAUCAUGGUUCUACGAGGAUUUGAUAAAACAUAACACUAAGUGCAAAAAAAAAAACUCAGGUUAAGAGCAGUAGCUACAUCAGAUGGCAAAAACAACGUCAUACUCUAAAGGCAUAGGGAAGCUCCCUGCAAUCAUAAGUGGAAUCAUAUUUGAAACACCUGGUGAAUAUUCAGUUGCUUCUAACCCAAUUCCAUCUAUUUCACUUUCCAUAUUUGGUUGGCAGAACAGCUGAAUAUCACAUGCUGCUAAGGUCACUGGAGAUUUAUGACGUUUGCGAGAUAUGCGCAACUACUAUUUUGGUAUGUGUACGUAAUACGUAAUGUUAGGGACGCAUUACUCCAUAUACCAUAUGACCAGAAGCAAUUUUUUCUUCUAAUAGGAUGGCAUGUGGAGCAAGUUUAUGCAUGCACAUAGAACCUUUAACUACAUUCAUCUUUUCCAUUGUCUUACAUAAUUUACUGUUUAGUGUAGGCUGAGCUCAGUCCAACUGAACAUGUUGUUUUGAUCUGCAUUGUAAAAGGAAAUGGUGCUACCCUACAUAGGUACUAGUUGGUACUAUUACUACCUAUUAGGUGUCAGGACUACCUAAUAGUAUGUACUAGUGCUAACUACUAGCAAACACCAGUAGGUACUAGUAGCAACAUAGCUACUAGCACUCAUGUACCAGUGCAUUUUCUGCAGGAGCCAGGUUUUUUUCUCCAAUAGUGUAGACAUUGCGUCGUCGUCACUUGGUGACCACUAUGCAGUGUUUUGGUGGCAUAGGGGCCUGUGCUGGUUGGAACUUUCCAAACCUUUUAUAUGCGCAUUAUCAGUGCCAGCCGUGCUCGUGAAUUUCGUUUUACGACGCAGCCAUACACUUUAUUACUGCCGUAGCACAGAGCCUAGUGUGUAGGUGCUGCUAGCAUGUGCACCUCAGCUAUUAAAAGAGCUGUUUUGUAAAGAGACUGCUUGAGAGAUGUAGCUUGUUGAGGGCUACAUGCUUGUUGGCCGACAUGCCUGUUGUACACAUGUUAACGUAGCAUUUAUGAUAGUGUUAACCAGUACAUUGGUCGGAAGGCAAGCUGACGUAUACGGAACAAACUUGCAAGUGUCAUCGCAGCGCUGUUCUGCAGGCCUGUGUAGCGGUCUUGUAGUUUGCACGGGGUCCGUAUUGGUAGCUGUACUGUAUUAAGGACUGCCUGUACAGUGAAUUUGCAUUGUAAAAUUCUAUCAUUGUUACAUAGCUUAGGCAUCCUGACCACAUGGAUUCAGUACAAGACCGUGGCAUUGUUGUGGUAGUCCUUCACUGUUGUGGGCCAACCAACAAAAAGGCAGCGAAACAAUUUCCUGAUAGUCUAUUUGGCCAAAGCAUUUAUACGAUGUCACUGUUAGAACCUCCGCUCCUACCUCCUCUCUUUUUUAUUCGGCAAACAACUUCGAUGAAUGCGUGAAAGAUGUGCGUGGCCAUGUUGAACUAUCAAUGAAAAUUUUAAGGAUGAAAUCGAGGUGUAUGUGCGAAGUUGUGAGCAAGAGAAGAUAACUGUUGGUUCAUGUAUCUAUGCACGUUCUCAUUAGGAUCAUCCAUGAAGAUAACCGUUGUCAUUUUCUUUGUCAAAUUGGUCGAUGAGGCAUUCACAUGCUUUUUAACUUGACAAAAUGCAAAUACGAUUAUCUUCGCGGCACAUUUGACAAGAAUGUGAACAGGUAUACAUGUGUAAACACUCACUGUCCUUUCUUUACAACGCUUUACCAGCAGCUGUCACAUUUUUGGAAGGUUACACACAGCAAGGUCUCUGAAAAUCCUGAAUAUUUCGGUGGUCUGGGCACACAACCCCACGUGUGAUCUUCGACAAGUAUUAGCAUGUGCAAGACAAUAUUAUAUUGCGCAGUUUAACUGACUGCCAGGAAAUGUAGUCACAGGCUGCUAGGCAAUUCAACAUUUUCUCAGGUCCCACAAUCUUUAAAUGUUUGAUGCUUACCUGUCUAUACACUCUAAAAAAAGGGUGUAUUUGGGCCGACUUUUGCCACACAACAGUAAUCGUUGUCUGGCUUGCUUGCAUUAUUUCUGUUCUCGAAAACUCUGCGCUCACCAUUUUUCUGUCGGGAGUGCUAUGUAAUGCAGAUAGUGCUUGCACCAUUCGUGACAUUGAAGUACCGGGCGCUCGGUGAUAAUACAAGGAAAGGUGAACGAGAUAGAUUAAAAUUAUUGAUAUAUGACAACAAGAUGCCCCAAACGUGCCCUUUUUUGUAGAAUGUAGUUGGCAUUCCAGCUAAGUACUGUUUUUUUUUUCUUUGAUUUCUGUUGGUUAGUUCAUGUACAUGCGAAAUUUGUUUGCUGGAUCUUACAAAAUAUUGAGUCAACCAUCUUAGUUCAGAGCCAUUUUGCCAGUACACUCAUUCAUUUCAGAAUUCAUUUCAAAAUUAGCGGUGUCGCAUAUGCAUAGUGGGAACAAGUUGAUCAUAGUAAGACACAUUUGUACUGCAUUUCAAAGCACAGCUCUCUUGUGUGAGCGAAAGCCGCAAUGAACAAAUACAACCAUUUUCCUUCUUACUGCGUAAGAAAUGUCUGAGAAUAUUAUUUUUUUAGAGUGCUGAUUUCAACAUGCUGUACAGUUUUGCCUCCUCCUGUUGUGGGCAAGAGUUGUCGGAUGAUUUCGUUUUUGUUGUUGUGUUUUGCAGUGAUCUCUGGACGGGGCCCAGACACGUGAGCGUAGGUUAGGUGUUAACUAAGAGACCCCAGAGCCUUAGACUUGUUGUAUAUAUGUGCAAUAGCUACUGACAAAGUACGCGUUUUCGGAAAUGCGACAGUUUUUGUCUAUUUCUCUUAAAAUUGGCAGUUUUGCUAGGCAAGACCUGUCUGCAGCAAUACAACACACACAUAUGCCUGGUGCUGGGGAUUGUUCAUAUUUACUGUUAUUGACAGUGAACGGUUAGUUGUAGCACAUCGUUUCACAAGGUGGACACUCCGAGGCCUCAUCAACAAAACAGAAAGGAAAUGUACAUUUUCAGAGAGGCUGAGUGUAUCAACCUGUGAAAAUAGUGUAUUUCAUUGUUGUUUUAGGUGUGGUCACUCAUUCCACCUUGAAGCUUGUUGCUCUCCGAUUCAGUGUUAACGUGUAUAGCUUAUUAUUUUUUUUUGUGCUGUGAUAAACACGCAUUUGCUUCUGACAUCCAAAGGUGCACCUUCUGUCUUUUGGCAGUCAUUUCACUACGCAGAAAAGUAUUGCAGCGUCACGUUGUCAUAGCAGUCAUCUUGUUGUAAAUGCAGGUCAACAGUGAUACACCCGUUUCGUUCUUGCUGUAUACACAAACCGCUUGGUUCUCUCUGGUGCAUUCUGUUAUGAAACGUUUUACUGUGCGUGUACUCUUCAUUUCAAUCUCCAAGUAUGAGCACGUCUCAUUUAUGCAGCUGUUCUGGUGUUCCUGUGAUUUGUUCUGUUGCAACUUGGUGGAAGUAAAGAUACUGUUUUUU